AUGUAUAAACAUCUGAACAAACUUUUUGCACAUUUGAAAGUCCACAACAUAAAUAUUGGCAACUUCAUUAUUACAUACGGUUCCACCAAUACCAUCAAAAAAAAUCAAAGCGAAUUUUUGAAUUUCCAGUGGAUAUAUUUCAACUUAUGUGGCCUAGAUAUAGAAUCACAGAUACAACUAGAACGAUUAAGCUACAGAUUUUUGAACUCCCAGGCUCAAGAUGAUCUAGAUAGGGCUGGCUUGAUAUUUUAUAAUAAUUUGACUAUAAUGAGUGGAUUGCCAGUGAUUGUAUUUGGCCUUAGUGGUAAAGAAUCUGUUGACAUAAAGGAAGAUCAACUAAGGAAUAUGGACAAAAAAUUUAGGUGCAUAAGAAGAUUUACAGGAGGGGGAACAGUAGUGGUUGACAAUAAUAGCUUGUUUGUAAGUAUAAUUGCUCCACAUCAAAUUGGCACUUUCAAAUCGCACGGACAACUAUCUGGUUGGUGUUACAAUUUAUUAUUUAAACCAAAUGAUGUAUUGGCUGAUGGACGUGAAUUGGACGGAGAUUUUGUCGUAAAAAAUGGCAACUGCUAUAAAAAAUUCGGCGGAAAUGCUAUGGCGAUGUCAAAAAACUAUUUUGUACACCAUUCAUGCUUACUGUGGAACUUCACAGACUCGAUAAAUUUACUAAAUACGCCAAUUAAACAACCCAAUUAUCGCAACAACCGUAAUCAUUUGGACUUCUUGCAGCCUCUAUCAUUCAAAACCAACCUAUCAUCUGAUCAAUUCCUCGAGUCAUUAAUUGAAAACUGCAAGACUAAUAAUAGCUAA